GUUGUUUUUGUUGUUGCUUCUGCUGUUUCAUUUCAAUUUCAUCUUCUAGUUCAAGCAAUUACACAAUAUUCACAGUUAGCUUUGACUUUUAUAUCUUUCGAUGUCUUUUACUGAUGUUAUUCGCUGUUACUGAUUUACAAUUGUCCAAAUCAAUUGCCUGAAUUUAUUGCCAAUUAUUAUUGAAUGCGGAAGGGUUAGCGACUGAUUUGCCUGCCUCGCCGUACGCGUAACACAUUUACAGCUGCAUCGAUAAUUUUGUGGAAAUUAGCACAACUUUAUGACGGACUAAUUAAAUUUGCCCGGACAUCUACUGUCCUAUUAAAGUAUAAAAGUCAGGAAUAAGCUAUUUGGGAAAUUAGUUCCAAGCCAGCAUCCGUCAGCAUCGCUCAGAUUUUCCGGCCAAAGAUCAGCGUAUCGAAGUCAAAUAUUGCACAUUCAAUCAUGGCGAGCAUUGAAACAAGUCAAGUUUUACAACGCCUAAUCAGCCUCAAAAUUGUUGAGACACCAAAGCAACCACAACGCGAAGCCGGAAAACGUGAAUGCUACUCUGAGGAUGUUAAGAAGUCGCAUGUACCUGCUACACCCUGUUCUGGAGCUGUCACAUUUUUAACGGAACUCAAAAAGCGACGAAAAAUUAAACUAAAUCGCGUCUACAAUUAUGAGACGGACAAACACUUUAUUAAGGCACGCAAAUCGCUUAAUUUUUAACAUAACUAAUUGUUUUGAUGUAAUCAGUAGCAAUAAUCACCUUUGAUUUUAAAUCAAAUAUAUUUUUCUGAAUCAAAUACACAUAAUAA